GAAUUAGACAUUGUAAGAGCAAGUCCAUUGCAUAUUUAUAUUUAGGGCCUGUUAGGUUUGGGGUUUACGGGCCCGGUAAAUCGGAAUGGGCUUCUCAUUCCAUAACAGAAUAUUUGGAUUAGAUUUUUUACAAACAGGAAUAGUAACCCGCAUACUUGCUGGUUAACACAAACCCUACCGGUACCUGGGUUACCGGAAAUCCAUACCCGACAAACCUCACACUUCAGCCGAUCGUCUCUCCCACUCGAUGUCUCCCAUAUCCUCCCUUUUACUUCAUCCUCGUCAAUCUCUCCCCCUCUCUCCCUGACUCUCUCGCCCUCCGUCUCUUUAGAUAUCGUGCGUGUCUCUCUCUAUGAAUCUAUCCCCCCUCUCUCUGUCUCACUCUCUUCCAAUCUCUCUCCCCAUCUCUCUCAGCCAUAUAACUCUGUAAUCACGACUCUUUUGAAGACCCUUGGACACUGCUACGGUUCGGCUUCAAAUUCAAGAGAAAGAUCUUACAGCAAUAUCUCAAUUUGAAUUCUUCACCUUCCCAACUUGAAACAAUUAAAACAAUUAAGUAAUGGCUCGUUUAAGAGUGACACAAAGAAGAAGAAUAUUGUUGAAGCUUCAAGUUAACAUAAUGAUAAUCAAGUUUUUCGUUAUUUUUGUUCCUUGGUAUUUGAUGGGGAUAACACUAUUGAGUGAAUCUUAUUUUCGGAAGAGGAUUAGGGAUAGAAUGAUUCAUAGACUAGCUAAUCUAAAUAGCUUGAUAAAAGAUAGUGAUAUUGGAUGUAUAAAUGAACUUCGUAAGAAUAGGUCCACAUUUAAUGUGCUUUGUGAGAUGCUUAGAGAUAUCGAAGAUUUAAGGGUAACUAAAAAGAUGAGCUUAAACGAGACGGUUGCAAUUUUUUUUUACAUUUUAGCUCAUCACCAAAAGAAUAGAACAAUUGGAAAUUAUUUUGUGAGGAGUGGGGAAACCAUAAGUAGACAAUUUAAUCGUUGCCUUCUAGCUGUCUUGAAGUUACAUGUCCAUUUGCUCAAGAAACCUUCACCAAUGACCGAAGGAUGUGCUGAUAGAAGGUGGAAAAAUUUUAAGAAGAAUCAGGACACGGAGUUGCCUCUCACGACGGAUAAUCUGAAAGCGAUUAUGUUGGAUAUGUUUGCAGCAGUAACCGAUACAACAUUCAUAGCCUUAGAUUGGGGGAUGACAGCGCUUAUAGUUAACCCCCGAGUUAUGCAGAAGGCACAAGCUGAAGUACGAAAAGUUGUUGGAAAAAGAAGAGUUGUCUUAGAGAGUGAUCUACACCUGACUUGCAUUACAUGAAAGCUAUUAUUAAGGAGAUAUUCCGACUACAUCCUGUGCCAGUACUUGUCCCAAGAGAAUCAAUGGAAGAUGUGAAAAUUGAUGGAUAUGACAUUCCUGCAAAAACCCGAUUUUAUGAUAAUGCCUGGGCUAUAGGAAGGGACCUUAUAUCCUGGAAAGAUCCGGAAAGCUUUGAGCCAGAGAGGUUUAUAAGAAGCAAUACUGACUUCAGGGGGCAAGAUUUUGAGUUGCUGCCUUUCGGUGCUGGUAGAAGAGGUUGUCCGGCUAUUGUUUUUGGAACAGCAGUUAUUGAACUUGCUCUGGCUCAACUUCUUCACAGUUUUGAUUGGGAGCUUCCCGCAGGGAUCCAAGCUAACGAUCUUGAUAUGACAAAACUUUUCGGCAUCUCAAUGCAUAGAGUAGCUCAUCUGGUCGUGGUUUCCAAAGCACACUUUGCAUAGGUUCUAGCAGCAUUGCUGGUCCUUUUACGUCUCAACUUGUUGUUCAACUUGGUUUUCUGAAGAUAAGCUAGCAAUACAGUAACUAUGAAAGGUUGUUUGCCAGUUGCCAUCAUAGAAUGGAAAAACCGAACCAAUGCAUGGAACUGAGAAUAAAGUUGUAAAUCCCAAGUUUUGAUGAUGACACACUUUAGCAAGCUACUAUUAUUUCAGCUUAACAUAACUUAUUUGACCUGUUACAGCAUGCUAUAUUGAGUAGUUAAUCUAAUCCUGCAGGUUUUAUAAGUAACAGAGAUAUAGCAAGCUAUUUUCCUAUUUUAGCUUGACAUGAUUAAGUUAUACUAUUAUAGCC